GGCCCCGCAGCUCGGGCGCAGCCGCGUGUCGGGAGCGCUCCCGCCGGGCUGCUCCGCCGCGGGCUCGCCGUCUGCAGGGCUGCCGCGGGACACCCUCGGCGCGGCGGCGGCUGCUGCGAGACGCGGCUGCUCUCAGCGCCCGCCAUGGACGGCGACAGGGUGGAGAUAGACGGCGGGAUCAUGGAGGGGGGCGGGCAGAUCCUGCGGGUGUCCACGGCGCUGAGCUGCCUGCUGGGGCUGCCGCUGCGGGUGCGCCGGAUCCGCGCCGGGAGGAGCCAGCCCGGCCUCAGGCCUCAGCAUCUGUCCGGACUGGAGAUGAUCCGAGACCUAUGUGAGGGGAAGCUGGAAGGAGGAGAAAUUGGCUCAACAGAAGUAACCUUCACUCCUGGGAAGAUCAGAGGUGGAACCCACGUAGCAGAUACAAAAACAGCAGGGAGCGUGUGUCUACUGAUGCAGGUAGCAAUGCCCUGUGUGCUGUUUGCUGCUUCCCCAUCAGAACUUCAUUUAAAAGGUGGGACUAAUGCUGAGAUGGCUCCUCAGAUAGACUACACAGUCAUGGUUUUCAAGCCAAUAGUUGAAAAGUUCAAUUUCACAUUUAACUGUGACAUAAAAAGGAGGGGCUACUAUCCUCAGGGAGGUGGUGAAGUUGUGGUCCAGAUGUCACCAGUCAAAGAGCUGAGCCCAAUAAACUUAACAGAACGUGGCACAGUGACAAAGAUAUAUGGAAGAGCAUUUGUUGCUGGAGCCCUGCCUAUAAAACUUGCAAAAGACAUGGCAGCAGCAGCAGUGAGGGGCAUCAGAAAGGAAAUCAGAGAUCUCUACAUUAGCAUCCAGCCUGUUCGAGAACCUGAUGACCAAGCCGUUGGGACUGGAAGUGGAAUAAUUGUUGUUGCAGAGACUUCAACAGGUUGUUUGUUAGCUGGGUCAUCACUUGGCAAGAGAGGAAAGAAUCCUGACAAGGUUGGCAUUGAAGCAGCUGAGAUGCUGCUUAAGAACCUUAAACAUGGUGGAACUGUGGAUGAUUCUCUGCAAGACCAACUGAUCAUUUUUAUGGCACUAGCAAAGGGUGUGUCUAGAGUGAAAAGUGGACCAAUUACACUUCACACCCAAACAGCUAUACAUUUUGCAGAGCAGCUGACAAAGGCCAAAUUUACAGUGACAAAAUCAGAAGAGGAAGAUCCCAGUAAAGAUACCUACAUCAUUGAGUGCCAGGGAAUGGGGAUGAUAAACCCAAACUUAUAGGAUUUAAAAAAACCACAAACAGCAAAAGGCAACAAACCAAAAAGCAGCAAGCUGACAAGAGCAAAACUCCACAUACCUCAGAGAUGCACUGCACUGCACUCCAGUGGGGGUACAAAAUGCACGUGAACAGGAGGAGCCUGCUGUCACUUCUGAGGGAUUUAACUUCAAGGGUGAUGUUGGGUUUUUCCUUGGUGUGCUGAGAAUCUGCUGGGGAAAAUGGAAGUGUUUUAUGUUUUAUUAUUUUUAACUAUUGGCAGCAAAAUGAAUUCAGACAGGCCAGCAAAUAGAACACAUUGUGGGUACUGGAGAGCUUCAGUGAAAAGCUUUGACAGUUCUGAUUCACUGGAGUAGAGAACAACUAAUUCUGUUUUGAAGAAAGAAUUGAGAUGUUCUUUGCCCUUUAAAAAAGCCCCAUGAGUUUUAUUCUUUAGGGACUUUUAUGUUAUGAGGUAUGUGGAAUGAAGUGCACCAUCAAAUCUGUGUCAGCUGUUUUGCUUCAGUUGUGUGUGUGAGGAAAUAAUAAAGCAAUAUCAGCAUAUGA